AGCAAAACAAAAACGAAGAAGCACAUUGUAGCAAAACAAUCAAAAUAAACUAACACGUUUUUGAAAAAGAACAAAAUAAUUUACAAAUUGCAUUUUUAAAUUGAAAGAAUAUUAAGAUAUUUUAAUAAAACAAAAUGACUAUUGAACUAAAUUUAACCACAGCUCCCCAGCCCAGACGUAGUAAACCGGAGGAAAAAGUGAAGCCUUUAGCAGAAAAACCUAAAAAAAUUAAAGGUUCCUCUUCCUCAAAUGGAUUUUCUUUCGAAUUUGGCGGAGGGACACAAAAAGUGAAAGCCUUAGUGGCUAGAAAACGCCAGCCAGCUAAAAGUGGGGACUCUGAGAAACAAGAAGCCUCAAACCUUAAAGUGGCACCCAAAUCUAUAGCCAUACGUAAAAAGGCGGUAGCUAAACCUGCUGCAGCAGAUAUUGCUACUAAAUCUAUAGCUUUAAAACGUAAAGUAGAAACUCCGAAAAAAGAAACAUCGUAUAAACAACACUCCGACAAUGAAUCUGAUCUGGACACUUAUCUACAAAUGGCCAAACCGACAACAAAACCUGCUGCCUCUGAUUUAAUGUUAAAUAUCUGUACCUCCCCCUCCACCACGAAAUUCCAACCAAAACAAAAACUUUCACAGCAAGAACGUAUACAACAGAAGCGUAAUGCUCGCAAAGGUGAUGGUGUCCUCAACAAACACACCUUAAGCCACAAAGAGAUACGAACGGGCAUUAAGAAAUUUUCACAAAAUCCCAAUCAAAAACCUCGUGCUUCCGAUAUUUUCGAACAAAACGAACGUGAAUCGAGGGAAGCUUUAAAAAAGGAAACAGAGGGUGAUGAGAAGGAAGAAGAAGUUAAGGAACCUUUAGAAUUGGGUGAAGUUGAUGCGACUGCUCGCAAAUCGAAUGCUUUUAGAGUUAAACGUCCCGGUGAUUCAAGUGUACGUAAAAUUGGUCUUUAAAGAUCACCCGAGAAAAUUGAAUUAGGUCAACGUUUGGUACGGCCUAUAAGGGAGACUUUUGAUGGUUGUAAAUUGGAUUCGAUAGGCUUACAUGAUCAUACUGUUAAGAAGUUGUCGGAAUUUACUCGGUAUUACGCAAUUGACUACAGUGCAGCAGAAGUGUUGCCAAAGGCUUUGGAAGGUGAGUCUCUUCUGGUCGUUUCCCCCCUGGUUCGGGUCCCCCUCUCGCCUGCUUUACCCAUUGUCGAAAAGCUUCAGGAAAUAAGGCCCCGUGAUAUGGGUAUAUUGGCAAUAGUUAUAGUGCCUACCAGAGAAUUGGCCAUACAAACUUAUGAACUUUUCCAGAAGUUAGUAAAACCAUUUACAUGGAUUGUUCCCGGCGUUCUAAUGGGUGGUGAAAGACGUAAAGCUGAAAAGGCUAGAUUACGUAAAGGCAUCAAUAUUCUAGUGGGUACUCCGGGACGUUUGGUGGAUCAUUUAUUACAUACUGAAACCUUUAAAGUAAAUAAAGCUAAAUUCCUUGUACUCGAUGAAGCAGAUCGUAUGUUGGAAAUGGGUUAUGAGCGAGAUGUUAAGCAAAUUGUAGAGGGUAUUGAUAAGCAGCGUACGGAAAGUGCUAAGGAGGAUAUGGAGGCUGUAAAACCCAUACAAAGAUUAUUAUUGUCGGCCACCUUAACAGCUGCUGUUCAAAAAUUAGCUGGUUUAACGCUAAAUGAACCAAUAUUCAUUGAUAAUAGUGAUGAAGAUCCUAAAAAAGCCAUAACCACUGUUAAUGGUUAUGAUAAGGAGAGUAUAGAAGCUGCCACCGCGGAAUUAUUAGAUGGUGAAGAUUCUACGGGUAUUCUAACUAUACCAGAGAAUCUGAAACUGAGUUAUAUGGUGGUUACACCCAAAUUACGUUUGGUAACGUUGGCUGGCUUGUUGGCUAGAGAAUUUCGAGGAAAGGAUAAAUUUAAAGCUUUAAUCUUCAUGAGUACCAUGGAAAUGGUUAAUUUUCAUCAUGAUCUUUUAAAUGAACAAUUAACCAGAAGGGUACUCGAUGAAGAUGAUGAAGAAUUGGCCAAUGAAAUGUCUGAAGAUGAGGGUGAAGAUCCCCUGUUAAAGGGCUUAAGAUUCUUUAGACUACAUGGUUCCAUGUCCCAAACAGAAAGACAGGGUGUAUUCAAAGGUUAUAGAGAAUGUAAAUCUGGAGUUUUAUUGGCCACCGAUGUGGCGGGUCGUGGCAUAGAUGUGCCUGAAAUUGAUUUAGUCAUACAGUAUUCGCCUCCCCAAAAUACCGCCGAUUUUGUGCAUCGAGCUGGUCGUUCUGCUCGUGCUGGACGUAGUGGUCGUGCUGUUUUAUUUUUAACACCCAGUGAAGUGCAAUUUGUACGUUAUUUGGAAAAUAAACGUAUACGCAUUUCUCAGGUCGAUAUGGAAGACUAUUUAAAAGCUCUCGAUGAAGUCGAUAAUGAAUCGCAUUCAUUGCAAGAAGCUGCCUCAAAUUUACAACAUAAAUUCGAAGAACUUAUAGCAGAUGAUAAGGAAAUGCAUGGAAAAGCCUGUAAAGCCUUCGUAUCAUGGACUAAGUUCUACACUACCUUCCCUAAAGAAUUGAAACCCAUAUUUAAUGUAAAAAAUGCUCAUAUGGGUCAUUUCGCUAAAAGUUUUGGCCUAAAAGAUCAACCCACCUCGUUUACGAAAAAACAUUCUAUGCCAAAACCAGCACCACCCACAAAUCGUCUAACAUACACAGAAAGAGAUCCCGAGAAAAUCAAACAAGAGAAAAAGGCUAGAAAACAUCGUUUUGGCACUACGGUUAAUGAUGGUGGUGUACGCACCAGUAAUCGUCCGGCUCCAAAUAGAUUGGCUAAGAUGAUUCCAACCUCUAGAUCUUUGACUAUUUCAGAAUUUGACAGUGGUUUGCCAGCGGCUAAAAAACGUAAAAACUAAUUGUUUUAUAUUUAUUUUAAAUAAAAAAUAUUAGUUGUACCAGUUAUAUUUUAAUAAAAAGUUUAUUUUUUGAACUAUA